GCAAGCCUAAUUGCAAGAAAAAAGAGUAGCUAUAUGGGCCUAAAAACUGAAAAGUCCAAAACAAGCAGUUUGAGACCCAUUAGAACGGAAAAUGGGCCGAACCCUCGAGGAACAAACUCUCUCUCGCGUCGCCGGUUCGAACAACCAACGGUGAGAAGAAGAAGAAGAAGCAUACUGUAUGUCGCGACUGGGGAUCUCGAUCUCUCAAUCUCUCAAUCACUCAAUCUCCAUGAAGAAGCGCAUGUGGAGAAUCUCACUGAUUACCCAAAUCUCUGAUCUGCUGUGCCUAUCUCGCGGCUCUUCUUCAACCUUGAAGACUCUGACCCCAUUCUCCUUUACCCUCUUCAGGUCCCCUAUACACCCUCCCUUCCAUCAAUCCUCUGAUUUUACUUCCGGCUUGAAACACCAAUUGUUGCGCUACUCCCACGAUUCCGAUAAGGUUGCUACUGUUUUGGAGUCAACCAAAAUCCAAGGCGCCGCAUUUGUUGAGCUCCUCCGCCAGUUACGUCCGUGGCCCGUUUUGUCUCAAGUGGUAAAGCUUUUGACUCUCGCUCUAUGUAUUCGAAUUCAGGAACAAACCCCCGCCGCUCUCUUGAUUUCAGUUUAUGGCCGUUUGCUUAUGGUUGAUCGAAUGGAAGCAGUUUUCCUCCAGCUUCAACAGCUCAAAAUCCUUCCCGAUUCCAGCACCUACAACAACUUGAUCGCUGGGUAUAUCUAUGCUUGGAGUUGGGAUAAGAUGGAAGCAACUUUUCAGAUCAUGAAGAAUGGCGGCCUCGUUGAGCCUACCCUUGCCACUUACUUGCUGAUGCUCAGAGGGUAUGCAAACUCUGGUAAUCUGAUUCGGAUGGAGGAAAUGUAUCAAGCUGUGCAGCGUCACGUUGACAGGAAUGAGAUUAAGUUGCUCGAGUCCAUGAUAUGUGCAUACUUCAGGAGUUCAGACAAGGAUAGGAUCAGAAAAAUCAAGACUUUAUCCAAGCUUAUUCCCAAGAAAAGUUACAAGCCUUGGUUGUAUGUGCUCUUGAUACAGCUCUAUGGACAAGAUGAUAAUCUACACGCCAUGGAGAACUUCAUAGACCAGGCUAUUACAAAAGGGCUCCAGAUAGAGACAGAUGGGAUUAUGAGAUCGAUUGUGGCAAAUUACUUCAGGUGCAAUGCGGUAGAUAAGCUUGCCAAGUUCGUGCAGCGUGCUCACUCUGCUGGAUGGAAAAUGAGCAGGUCGAUGUUCCAUGGCUUAAUGCUCAUGUAUGGAUCUCAAAAGCGUUUUAAAGAGAUGGAAAAUGCGCUCUCUGAAAUGGAAAGUUUUAACAUAAGCCGGUCAAAGAAGACUCUUUGCAUUCUACAUAGAGUAUACGCAACGCAUGGACAGGAACAUAAGGUCAAUCAAGUCGCAGGAAUGAUGUUAAAGCAUGGCCAUGAUUUCCCACGAGACUACCUGAAGCUAUAAGUGUCCCUGCAUCACGAACGAUGCAGCAAUUUUCAGAACCUCAUUGUUGACUUCACAUACCAUGCACAUUAGCUCAGCUGGGCCAGUAUAAUGAACCUAUAAGAAUUAGAGUAGGAAUUAUGGGAAAAUAGGCAGAAUUCAGAAGACAGAAUUGAAAUGUUGGAAGGAUUGUCUGCAAGGAAUUAUUAAACCAUUGUUGAAAAAAGAAGUUAAUAAGUCUCCAUUGGCAGAUGUUUAUUGGUUUGUACAGUGUAAGUUGCUAUUUUGUCAUUGUCUCUCUCUGUUGAUAGGGAUCAAACAGCUUCCUUGCUUGCUUGA